ACUCAUUCUGUAUACUUGUUUCACAAGGUAAGCUCAGAAGUGAAAAGAUGAUGAAGUUCGUUUUUAUGCUUCCUCUUAUUUGUGCCUGCUUGUAUUCUUCUCGAGCGGGAAGCCCAACUCAAAAACAGGUAAGGCAGUCGUCAGGUUUGUUCAUUUCUGAAAAAAAUACCUUUUACUACGCAUUUUGCGAACCUUUUCAAUAGUGGGCUGAAAGCCUCGGCUUUCUCUUAAUAAUUCACAGAAACCUCAAACGUGUAAAUGAAAGAAUAGUCAUCUUCACAGACACAGGAGUUCGCUUAACCUCUGGUUUGCAAGCGUGUUUUCUGUUUGCCGGAUUUAUCACCGCCAGCAACACCAGAAAAAGAGGAAAAGAAAUAUUCUGAUUGGUCUAUUCUAUGUUAUAUAUUUGAUGAUGGUUGCCAGCUUAUAGCUUCAUUUUUCUCGACGCGUGAUAGGAAACGUAAUUGAGUCAGAGAGCGAAAAGCUAUUGUAGAUGCCCAUCUAUGUACCUCUAAUUUGGGACUUUAAUGCGGUUGUUUCUUUUAUACUAAAAAACGGAAAUAUUUCGAUUUUCCAAUUUAUCCUACAGAAUAUUUGUGCCUCUCCAGGUGUGCCAAUCAACAUCACUGUUGAAGGAAAAGGAGGUGAAAAGGUGCGUAUAAAGCCCAUUUCACUUGAGUUACGUAGCUAAUAGCAAGUGGAAGUUUCAUUCAUUAAUGUGAUAUCUCCCGUUUUUAGGGAGAAAAAGGUGAAAAAGGGGACACUGGAACCAAAGGCGAUAAAGGAAUACCAUGCCAAUGUUCUUUACAGGUAACAAAAAGACAGUUUUUAAAAAGUUUGUAAUUAUUCAUAAGUUUGAAUACUAUUGUACAGUGUUAUGAUUUUCAUUUAUUCAUUAGUUCUGAUCAGUGAACCUUCUGUCCGUUACUUAAUCUACUGCUGAGUUGAGGUUGCAAGAAGUCUACCCGCAAUUUCAUGGCGUGUUUCGUUUCAGUUAGGCACGUGUCAAAUUGCAUUUGUCCGUCUUCAAGCUGAAGUCUCAAUAUUAAAUAAGACUCUCAAUUACUGCUAAUAGCUAAAAUUUUUAAUCUUUGGUCCAGUUCUCUUGAUUCUUAGGUUUCAACCAAAACCUUAAACGUUUUUUCUUCUUAUCGGUUCAGCAAUCAGCUUUUACUAAUGUUUUUUUUUUUUCAUCCUAAGUAUAAAUUGCAUCAUCAGUGUAUAUUCUUUUUUCUGUUUUAGGAUCCAAAAAAGCCAUCUGCUCAUAUCGAAUCCGUCAAUAAGGGGCCAGUCUGGUACCCAGCCAACACAGGUAAUUUGUUCGUUCAGGUGUUUUUUUAUUUUCGGCAAAUAACUACGAUAAUUUAAAAAGCCAAGGCAGGAAAAUAUCCCAGACUUAUUUCGGGCUAUACUUUGGAGAAAAACUUGUUUUGUAGUCACCUAGGCCGGUUGGUUUAAAGCAGUAUUACUCACCACUCCUCCAAAAAGCAAAAAAAAACAAAAAAAAAAGAGAGAAGAAGAAGCCAAGGUGUUUUGGGGGAGGGGUGAGAUCCAUCCACCCCUCUUUUAGGUUAGGACGGUGGGUUGAAGACUAAGGGUAUGACCUUAUAAAUUAGUUGCGUAGUUACAUUACAAACUGACUGAAAUGACUCCUGGGUUCAAACCUUUCACAGUUUGACUGAAAUGUGUUCAUAAUUUGUUUCGUAGUGAUCAAGGAUUGGUCGGUCAGUGCUCCGUACAGCUAUCUUGCAGGCGGUAUGACGUACCAAGACGGAAAACUGACAGUUCCUACCCCAGGGCGGUACUACAUCUACGCUCAAAUUUACUACCACAACAGUGGACGAGUCUUUGUUAAGGUUAACAACAAACCAAUCACGAUGAUGCAGCCACCAACAAGUGGUAAAGAGGCAGGUAGCUUGUACGCUGGUGGGGUGUUCAACCUGAAGGCUGGUGACGUCAUCGCGUUGACUUCUUACCAUUAUCCUGAUAGAAAUGGCGCCAAAAUUUACAUGUACACCCAUCACAGUUACUUUGGCGCAUUUUUGAUCUGAGCUUUUUUUUGUUACUUGAAGUAAAAUAAGCAUUGCCAUCGGGGGGCAAAUACAACAUCACCUGAUAAAUUAAGGGAUGUAAGUUUGAAAAGGCUACCUCACUUCUAAUUCAGAGUGACACGUUUUGUAGGAGACAUUCUAGAUUGUGGUC